AUGCGUGUUCUGACAGUGCUCUCCUUCGUGUGCUUCAUCGCAGCGGCUUUUUGCCAAAGCCACGACCUAGUAGUUGGACAGGCUAACUAUGGGGACGUGAUUUUAUAUAAAGUAAACGAAUACAAGUACGGUUUCCCAUUAAUUGUGAGAACGAGUACUAUAGAAUAUCCAGAAGCAGGACAACAUAAUUUUGCAUAUAUCAGAGCUAUUUUCGUAAAAGAUAACUAUAUAGAUGGAACUGGGGGUUACCCGACUAUCUCAGCUGGUGGCGUCGGCCAACGAUUCGUGAAGAUCAAGCUUAAAAGUCAAAGGGGUAAUGGAUUCAACUUCACUGUGACCAUAUAUGGAAGAUAU